CUGGUAAUUAACCUCUUUUUAAAGAACACUAUGAAUCAAGAGAAGCUCGCCAAGCUCCAGGCACAAGUCCAGAUAGGUGGAAAGGGAACCGCACGCAGGAAGAAAAAGGUCGUUCACAAAACGGCAACAGCUGACGACAAAAAACUCCAGGGCUCGCUGAAGAAACUGGCCGUGAACAACAUCGCAGGGAUUGAAGAGGUGAACAUGAUUAAAGAUGACGGCACAGUGAUCCACUUCAACAACCCCAAAGUGCAGGCGUUUCUGUCUGCGAACACCUUCGCCAUCACGGGCCACGCCGAGACCAAGCAGCUGACAGAGAUGCUGCCCGGCAUCCUGAGCCAGCUGGGAGCCGACAGCCUCACUAGCAGUGUUGGGCUGGUAGAGCAGUUCCCACGGCAACCAAUGGACAUGAAAGCAGUGAAGGAGGAAAUUGCAGAAGAAGAGGACGAUGAUGUACCAGAUCUCGUGGAGAACUUCGAUGAAGCCUCAAAGAAUGAAGCAAACUGAUGAACCCUCUCUCCCCCCUC